AUGAUAUAAUAGAAUAAAUAUAAUGAAGAAUUAGUAGAAUUUUUAAAAACUCCACUUUAAUCUCAUUAGGUUCUCCAUAUUAAGUUGAAUUCUAAAUAAAUUGGUAUUAUUAGUGCAUAAGAUUUAGGUUCUGCUUUAGCAAAGUGCAUUAAUCUCUCAAAUUUGACACUUGAACUUUCUUUUAAUUAAAUUGGUGCAAUCGGUGCAUCAGAUUUAGGUUAUGGUUUAGCAAAGUGCAUUAAUCUCUCAAAUUUGACACUUGACCUUCGAUACAAUAAAAUUGGUAAUGAAGGUGCAUCAGGAUUAUUUUCUGCUUUAUCAAAUUGUAUUAAUCUCUCAAAUUUGACACUUAAUCUUCGUGGCAAUAAAAUUGAUGAUGUAAAUGCAUUAGGCUUAGGUUAUGGUUUAUCAAAGUGCAUUAAUCUCUCAAAUUUGACACUUGACCUUUGUUUUAAUUAAAUUGUUGAUGAAGGUACAUCAUACUUAGGUUCUGGUUUAGCAAAGUGUAUUAAUCUCUCAAAUUUGUCACUUUUACUUGGCUUUAAUUAAAUUGGUCCAAUGGGUGCAUUAGGCUUAGGUUCUGGUUUAGAAAAGUGCAUUAAUCUCUCAACUUUGACACUUUAACUUGGUUCCAAUUAAAUUGGUGAUGAAGGAGUAUCAGGCUUAGGUUUUGGUUUAGAAAAGUGUAUUAAUCUCUCAAAUUUGACACUUCAACUUUUUGACAAUAAAAUUGGUACAAUGGGUGUAUCAAGCUUAGGUUCUAGUUUAGCAAAGUGCAUUAAUCUCUCUUUUUUGACACUUCAACUUGGAUCUAAUUAAAUUGGUGCAAAAGAUGUAUCAGACUUAAGUUCUGCUUUAGCAAAAUGCACUAAUCUCUCAAAUUUGACACUUGAUCUUAGUGAAAAUUAAAUUGGUGCAACAGGUGCAUCAGACUUAGGCUCUACUUUAGCUAAUUGCACGAAUCUCUCAACCUUGAUACUUUAUCUUUAUAAAAAUUAAAUUGGUGCAACUGGAGCAUAAGGCUUAUGUGCUACUUUAGCAAAUUGCACUAAUCUCUCAAUUUUGGAACUUAAUCUUCGUUGGAAUUAAAUUGGUGAUUAAGGUUCAUCAUGCUUAGGUUCUGCUUUAGCAAAUUGCACUAAUCUUUCAAAUUUGACACUUUUACUUAUUGACAAUUAAAUUGGUGCAACAGGUGCAUCAGAUUUAGGUUCUGGUUUAGCAAAUUGCACUAAUCUCUCAAUUUUGAAACUUUAUCUUGCUGGGAAUUAAAUUGGUGCAACAGGUGCAUCAAGUUUAGGUUCAGCUUUAGCAAAUUGCACUAAUCUCUCAAAUUUGACACUUUAUCUUCAUAGGAAUUAAAUUGGUGCAGCUGGUGCCUCAGGUUUAGGUUCUGGUUUAGCAAAUUGUUCUAAUCUCUCAAAUUUGUCAAUUGAUCUUAGUGGCAAUUUUAUUGGUGCAGCAGGUGCAUCAGGCUUAGGUUCUGCUUUAGCAAAUUGCACUAGUAUCUCAAAUUUGUUGCUUUAUCUUAAUGACAAUAAAAUUGGUUCAAUAGGGGCAUCAGACUUAGGUUCUGCUUUAGCAAAUUACACUAAUCUUUCAGACUUGAUACUUUAUCUAAGUGACAAUUAAAUUGGUGAUUAAGGUGCUUCAGGCUUAGGUAUUGCUUUUGCAAAUUGCACUAAUCUCUCAAAUUUAACACUUUAUCUUCGUGAGAAUUAAAUUGGUGACUAAGGUGCUUUAGACUUAGGUUCUUCAUUAGCGAAUUGCACUAUUCUCUCAAAUUUGGAACUUCAUCUUUAGACAAACUAAAUCAAUGAAUCAUAAAAUUUGAAAGUAAAAUGCAAGUGUCUUAAAUCAAAAAGAUUAGUUUACUUAAAAAUAAAUUUCUCAUGGUGGUGA